AUGGCUUCCACCUUGAGACUCGGUACCUCUGCUCUUCGCUCCAGCGGCAUGGCUGCUAAGCCUGCCGUUCAGUCUGCUGCCUUCAACGGCCUGCGCUGCUACUCUACCGGCAAGGCCAAGUCCCUGAAGGAGACUUUUGCCGAGAAGCUCCCCGCUGAGAUCGAGAAGGUUAAGAAGCUUCGCAAGGAGCACGGCAACAAGGUUAUCGGCGAGGUCACCCUUGAUCAAGUUUACGGUGGUGCUCGUGGUGUGAAGUCCCUUGUUUGGGAGGGAUCUGUUCUUGAUUCCGAGGAGGGUAUCCGUUUCCGUGGUCGCACAAUCCCGGAGUGCCAGGAACUGCUUCCUAAGGCCCCCGGCGGCCAGGAGCCUUUGCCUGAAGGUCUCUUCUGGCUCCUCCUCACCGGCGAGAUCCCCACUGAGCAGCAGGUCCGCGAUUUGUCCGCUGAGUGGGCUGCUCGCUCUGACCUCCCUAAAUUUAUCGAGGAGCUGAUUGACCGCUGCCCCAGCACCCUGCACCCGAUGGCUCAGUUCUCUUUGGCCGUUACCGCUCUCGAGCACGAGUCUGCUUUCGCUAAGGCUUACGCCAAGGGUCUCAACAAGAAGGACUACUGGAACUACACGUUCGAGGAUUCUAUGGAUCUCAUUGCUAAGCUUCCCACCAUUGCCGCCAAGAUCUACCGCAACGUCUUCAAGGAUGGCAAGGUUGCUGCUAUUCAGAAGGACAAGGACUAUUCCUUCAACUUGGCCAACCAGCUCGGCUACGGCGACAACAAGGAUUUCGUCGAACUGAUGCGCCUCUACUUGACCAUCCACUCCGACCACGAGGGUGGUAACGUUAGCGCCCACACCACCCACCUCGUGGGUAGUGCUCUCAGCUCCCCCAUGCUCUCCUUGGCCGCUGGCCUGAACGGUCUGGCUGGUCCCCUCCACGGAUUGGCUAAUCAGGAGGUGCUCAACUGGCUCACUAAGAUGAAGGCUGCCAUUGGCAACGACCUCAGCGACCAGGCUAUCAAGGACUACCUCUGGUCUACCCUGAACGCCGGUCAGGUCGUUCCCGGUUACGGCCACGCCGUUCUCCGCAAGACUGACCCUCGCUACGUGUCUCAGCGCGAGUUCGCUCUCCGUAAGCUGCCUGAUGACCCUAUGUUCAAGUUGGUCAGCCAGGUCUACAAGAUUGCUCCUGGUGUCUUGACUGAGCACGGCAAGACCAAGAACCCCUACCCCAACGUUGAUGCCCACUCCGGUGUUCUCCUUCAGUACUAUGGCCUGACUGAGGCUAACUACUACACCGUUCUCUUCGGUGUUUCUCGUGCUCUGGGUGUCUUGCCCCAGCUGAUUAUCGACCGUGCCCUUGGUGCCCCCAUCGAGCGUCCCAAGAGUUUCAGCACUGAGGCCUACGCCAAGCUUGUUGGUGCUAAGCUGUAAAUUCUCCCUGGUAUGAACCCUCAUGGGAGAUGAGGAGUUUUUGUUACGAAUAAAUAUAGUAUAUCUUGUAUUAUGCCUAUCUCAGUCUUGUACUAUCCCUCUUGUGCGUCUUCUUCUUCCUCUUUGUUUUGCAAAAGUGGGAUUGGCCAUGUGUUGGGCUGGCUCGAUGAAUGUAUGAUUAGGACACAGUCCGCGCGGGCCUUGUGACCGCAUUUGAACAUUCCUGCUCCUGUCUUUCUCUCGUAAAGCUACCGUCCGCGACGCCUUGGACACAAGGGAAUUGCAUCUCAUGAUUUCUGCCCUCAUUGAUUUUAAGGUGACUUGUGAUCUUGAGGGAGAGAUAAGGUAGACUACUAUCUGCUAAGG